AUGUCCGCUUACACACUUCGCUGGGGUAUCAUCGCUACCGGAAAGAUUUCUGGUCAAUUCGCCAAGGACUUAUUGGUCGAUCCUUCCACUCGAGAAGUGUCUGAUGUAGCUCACAAAAUCACUGCUGUCGGAUCAAGAUCUACAGAGUCUGCUCAAAAGUUCAUUGAUGGAUUGAAGAACGCCGGGAAAGGCGAUGCUUGGUCUUGGGGAGUUGAAAAUGGUGUAUUGGAUCAAGUCAAAGCUCAUGGAACCUAUGAUGGUGUAUACCAGGACUCCAACGUCGACGCGAUCUACGUUGGUACACCUCACAACCUUCAUUUCCAAAACACCAAAGACGCUCUUCUCGCUGGUAAACAUGUCUUAUGUGAGAAACCAUUCACUAUCGAUAUUGAGGAAUUGGAGGAAUUGGUCACCAUUGCCAAGGAAAAGAACUUGUUCUUGAUGGAAGCUGUGUGGACUCGUUUCCACCCUAUCGCCUAUGCCGUAGAUGAAGUACUUAAGUCUGGUAAACUUGGAAAACCCAAACGAUUUGCAGCUGAUUUCUCCAUGGAAUACGAUUUGGACUCCAAACCUGAUUCCAAUCGAUUCAUUGAUCCAGCUCUGGGAGGUGGAAGUCUUCUCGACAUGGGACCUUAUCCUUCUGUUUGGGCAAUGCUCUUGGUCCACCGAAACCCGCACAACAAAGACAAGAACCCUAAAGUCGUCAGCUCCUAUCAAUCUAUAUACAAACGAUCAGGAGUCGAUCUCAAUUCUCGAUGGAUCGUAGAAUGGGACGGAUUAUGCCAUGGUCAACUCUUGACUGAUUUGUCAAGUGCUGGACUACAAGAGGCUACUGCCGUCCUUCAGUGCUCAGAAGGUGAUCUCAUUAUUGAAUACCCCCCUUAUAAACCAGAGACCUUCCACAUCGUUCCUCGACCUGCUCGAGAUCUCGGUGCCAUCAAGGAGAAGACCACUCAUCACGUCCCCGUUCAUUCCGGAAACCACGGAAUGUCCUACGAAGCUGAUGAAGUCGCACGAUGCAUCCGUGACGGGAAGACUGAAAGUGACAGAAUGCCUUGGGAAGAGAGCAAGGUCGUUCAAAGAUGGCUUGACGAUGUCAGGAAGAACGGUCCAAGUAGCACAAAAGAUAUGAAAGGAAAUGCAGGACAAUAG